GUGGGAGGUGACAGCGUGGACUCGUUGCUCUGCGUCGUGUGGGUGGGCAUCCAGACCAGGAGUGUGUUCUGCAUGCGUGUGCUCUCCGUAAGAGCAGCAGGAUAGUGUGAGUGUGUCAGAGAACGAGUGCAGGGAGUUCAAGCCGUCCAUCUUCAACCUGCAACCAGGUGGACUGCCCUCCAGCAUGGGAGACUGAGCCCUGGCAGGAGUGCUCCCUCUCCUGUGGCGGGGGUAGCCAGGUACGUAAGGUGUUCUGUAAACAGCUGUUGUCUACGGGGGCCUACUGGACACUGGGGGACACAGCAUGCCCAGGGGCCAAACCGGCCCCUCAUAGGACCUGCUCCAAGACGGACUGUCUGCCCUACAUGGCCGGGGGAGAGUGGGGGAAGUGCUCUGUGUCCUGUGGUCUGGGAAUCCAACGUCGGGAGCCAGUGUGUCGGAGGCUGACCUCAGCUGGACAGCAGGUGAUGCUGGCGAGGAGGCUCUGCAACGGCCUCUCCUCUCCACCCCUGGUCAGGACCUGCCGAAUGAUCACCUGCCCUAAGCAUAAGACAGAGAUGAACCCCAGACAGCUUGUGAAGGAAGCAUCCAGAAUCAACCAGCAGCCCACAAAGGAGACAGGGAAGGAAGCAUCAAAGGAAACAAUCAAGGACCAGUAA